CACUCAGCCCUGCCCAAACCGGCACCAUCAGCGGGUGGUGUGCUAGCUCUCCUCCGGGCCAAGUUCCUUGGGAGUGUCUCUUCUCCGCGGACCCUGCAAAGUCUAGGUUCUCCAACAGAUGUUUCUCCCUCAGCUCUGAACUCAGAACACCCACCUGCCGGCGGCUGCAGCGCAGGGUCUGGAGCCUGGAUGCUGUGGCUGAACUGAGCCCCCCUCCAAGCAAAUGCAAGCAUCAGCAUGAAAGGCUGGACUUUAGCCCAGGUCUGUCCUCACCCUGGGGGGCCGCCUGCUUGGCUCUGUUCAUCUGAGAGGAGCCGCUGCUCACUUUCCCCCCUUGCAAGUCUUUGUUCCAAGCCAGACAUUGCUCGGAUUCUCUAAUUAACUCCCUCCACUCCAAAGGGGUCCGGAGGCUGGGAUGCUCUGAGAUCAGAGCUUAGAGGAUGCUGACACUAGAGUGGGAGUCGGAAGGACUGCAAACAGUGGGUAUUGUUGUGAUUAUAUGUGCAUCUCUGAAGCUGCUUCAUUUGCUGGGACUGAUUGAUUUUUCGGAAGAUAGCGUGGAGGAUGAACUGGAAAUGGCCACAGUCAGGCAUCGGCCUGAAGCCCUGGAGCUGCUGGAAGCCCAGAGCAAAUUCACCAAGAAAGAGCUUCAGAUUCUUUACAGAGGAUUUAAGAAUGAAUGCCCCAGUGGUGUUGUUAAUGAAGAAACUUUCAAGGAGAUUUACUCGCAGUUCUUUCCACAGGGAGACUCCACAACAUAUGCACAUUUUCUGUUCAAUGCGUUCGAUACGGACCACAAUGGAGCAGUGAGCUUUGAGGAUUUCAUCAAAGGUCUUUCCAUUUUGCUUCGAGGGACAGUACAAGAAAAACUCAACUGGGCAUUUAACUUGUAUGACAUAAACAAAGAUGGCUACAUCACUAAAGAAGAAAUGCUGGACAUAAUGAAAGCAAUAUACGACAUGAUGGGGAAGUGCACGUACCCUGUCCUCAAAGAAGAUGCUCCCCGACAGCAUGUGGAGACAUUUUUCCAGAAGAUGGACAAAAAUAAAGAUGGCGUCGUUACCAUAGAUGAGUUCAUUGAAAGUUGCCAAAAAGAUGAAAACAUAAUGCGUUCCAUGCAGCUCUUCGAAAAUGUCAUCUAACGUGUCAGCACAUCCUUUCCUGAAGAGGCCAAUGGGAACUACUCUACACACAUACAAGAUGGAGUUACCACUUCUAGCAUAGAUUGCUCAGCUUUCCACUGAGGCGUAUUAUGCAAACAGCUUUGUUUUAAUAUAAAACCAGCUGCCCGCCCCCCCAAAGAUUUAAGUUUUCCAGUUACAAAUUUACAUCUUUUCCACAGUGUCACUAGGGUCACGAAAUGUGCUAACUUGUUUCAUACUCAGAAUAUUCAAAAGGCACAGAAUCUGGAAGAGCUUUGAGCCUUAGCCAUGUAUUACUGAGGCUUUCACAGAUCAGUGAUUUUAAAACACCAGUGGGUUUUCCUAUUUGUUUAUAUGUAUUUAGUCCUGGACUUUAAAUGGUUUUCUAAAAUAUUUACAUCUGCAUUUAAGUUCCAGAAAGCCAAUGAAUUUUAUUUUAAUUCAAUUCAUAUAAUACUAAGAAACAAAAAUUACUAAAAAUUAAAAACAAAACAAAA